CUCGUUUAGACUGACGUAGAUCCAUGUAUUCGACGGCCAUUUUGGAUGCUUAUUUGUUGUUAUUGUAUAUAGAGUCUAAACCUUCAAUAAAAACGCACUAGACUCGAGAAAAUAUAAGGUUUCUUGAUUCGAAGUUACGUAUAUUUGGACACUAAUAGUAAUAUAUAUAUUAAAUUUAGUUAACAGUGAAAUGUCUGGUGCAUAUUCUAGAACGAGCGGACUCAUUCAGAGACGAAGUGCUGCUGUCAGUGUGACAAACAACUCAUCCGAUAAUGCAGAGGUGGACGAAAAAGAUGAAAAAAUAAAUUCAGGGGAAGAGGAUCUCGACUCAAAAGAAACUCGACUAACUUUAAUGGAGGAAGUUUUACUGCUUGGUCUUAAAGAUCGAGAGGGAUACACAUCAUUUUGGAAUGACUGCAUAUCAUCUGGGCUGAGAGGGUGUAUACUGAUUGAAUUAUCACUAAGGGGAAGAAUUGAGUUGGAGAAAGCUGGCAUGAGGAGGAGGAGUUUGGCUAAUCGCAAAGUUAUAUGUAAAAAUGAUCAAGCAACUGGAGAUGUUCUUUUAGAUGAAGCACUGCGCCACAUAAAAGAAACCCAACCACCAGAAACAGUGCAAUCCUGGAUAGAAUACCUAAGUGGUGAAACCUGGAAUCCACUAAAAUUGCGAUAUCAGCUUCGUAAUGUGCGCGAGCGUUUGGCCAAAAAUUUAGUGGAAAAGGGUGUCUGCACAACAGAGAAACAAAAUUUUUUGUUGUUUGAUAUGACAACUCAUCCUCUUACAGACAAUGUUGUCAAACAGAGAUUAAUAAAAAGAGUACAAGACUCAGUACUGAGUCGUUGGACCAAUGAUGCUCAUAGAAUGGAUCGCCGCAUGUUGUCAUUGAUAUACCUUGCACAUUCAUCAGAUGUUCUGGAAAAUGCUUUUGCCCCUUUGUCAGAUGAUGACUAUGAAGUUGCAAUGAAAAGAGUGAGAGAAUUGUUGGAUCUUGACUUUGAUACAGAGAGUAUGAAGGAAGGAACAAAUGAGCUAAUGUGGGCAGUUAUCAGUUCAAUGAGUAAAUGAUUAAAUUUGUAUUGCUUUCUUUCAUUAUUUCAAAUGAUUUAUGUUUUAAUUUCUAUCAAAUGGGAUAACAUUUUCUUUAGGUUUUUUAAUACUUGAUAUAUUGACAUUUAAUGAAUGAACAUUUUAUUAGUGUACAUAAAUUUUCUUUGUUUAAAAUAUUAUAUUUUUUCCUUUUAAGAUUUUUCAAAAAUAAUUUAACAUGCAGUUCAGUUAACGCACUUUCUUCAUGUGUACAUUGCUGUCCCAAUGUCAGUGUACCAUUAUUAUUAUUAUAAAAAUUCAGUUUUGAUUUAUAUUAACUAAACUUAGUACAUUAUAUUUCUUUUUUGAGAAGACAAAGUAAGAUUUAGAAAUUUUGAAUACUUUUAAAAAUAAAGAUUUCUUUAUAAAGAUUGAGGUGUUUUUUCUGCCAAUAUUGCUGCAAUCUUUAGAAUCAAUCUGGAAAAGCGUUUGAGAUAGAGUUACUGCCCAUUUUAAGGUACCUUGGGAUCAUCCAUUUAUGAUCUCCACAGAAGUUUUGGAUUUUAGCGAGCCCUCUUUCCCUGCAUUCACUUCCAACAACCUAUCCCUGGUGUAGAAUGUUAGUAUGUUUUAAACGUGGGGGCUAGGUUGCUAAAGUAUUAUUCUUUGUACUUGUACAGUGAUGUAUUUUGAUAAUUAUUAUUUAUAGGAUUUACAAGUCGCAUGGCCUGGCUCAUGACCUCUAUUUCCGUUUACUUCUUCGCGCCUUACUAAAGAGGUACUAUAUUCAUUUAGGUUCAUCCAUCAAUGACUUUGUUAGAUCGAGGAUUUCAGAAAAUUAUACUUUUUUUUUUCCCCAUUAAUUUAAGCAAUUGCUUCCCAAUGGUAGCCAUUUUUUUUUUUAUCUCUAUAAAAAUUAAGGAAAAAAGCAGACACAGUGUUGACCGAGCUCAGUAAAUAUUUUAGAAUAAAAUUGCUGACUUUUUUUGUGGUAGGCUGAGGUGUAACAACAUUUUAGGUGUAAUGUCCUGCCUUUUUGUGACAAUGUGUGAUGUUGAAGAAGUUAAAAAUGGUUAAAUUUCGUGACAUCACUUAUGUAUGACCCCAGUGUAGGAAUAAAUAUUGCACUUUAUUUGAGCUGGGAUUUUAUUAAAAACAGGAACACUGUUGUCUUAAUUUUACUUUUAAAUACAGGAUAUAAAUUGAUAGUAUGUUAGUACUUUGAUAUUAAAUCACUAAGCGGCGUCUGUAUAGACCCGGAUCCUCCUUCCCAGUUCACGAUUCCAAAAAAAUAUAUUUUUGAAACCCUCUGCCCCCCCUCCCCCUCUGUGUGGGAAUCAUAACUGGAUAACCCCCCUAACAAUUAAAUUUCCAACCUGGGAUCAUGAAAUACCAUAUUAAUUAAAUUUGUUAAUUUCAACAUUGUUUAAUCUGCUAAAUUUGGGCAGUUGGAAAAUACAUGGUUAUUAUCUGUGAUUUUGUUGUUUUCAAGGUUUUAAAAAAAAUCUACUUUGUAAAUAUUUUGUGUAACAUCCAAUGAGGGCUUUUUUAAUUUAUUAAAAUAAUAGGAAAAUAGGUAGUAUGUCUUUUUUAAAAUCAAUUAAUUAAACCAGGAAAAAACUACUUUUAUCAUAUCACACAUAUAAUGGCUGGUCAUCAGCCACUAAAUCUUGUGAUAAUUUGCUUUUAAAAGCUAAAUUUAUCUUAUAAUCUGUCAGCCUACUAUUGCUCAUGGAACUAUUGUUGUAUUUUAUUAUGGUCAAGAGGGAAAUGUAUAAAAAAAUUGAAAUUGCAUUACACUUUAGUUAAAAUUAUAUUGCUGCUAUUUAAAAUAAUGAUGCUGCCUUUUACCACACUAAUUUUAAAUAUGAAAAUGACAUAUUUCAUCUGGUUUUGGUUUUUUUUUUUGUCAACAAAUUAAAUGUGCUGAAUUCA